CCACUUCCAGCUCGACCUUUAACCUUUGUCGUAUUGCUCGCUGCUGUAUAAUAACAUGCAGUUGCCUUUAGCAAGAGGCGUGUGCACGCUCCGACAGAGUCACAUUAUCAAGGACGUGCUCACACAUUUGCAGACGUUUGCGGCUCGUCGAAACAUGUCGUCGUCUGGCGCUAAGUGUCCGGUGUCCGUGUUGGGAACUAUGGCGUUCGGUGGCCGAGCUGAUGCCAAACAGAGUCUGGAGAUGGUGAAGACUUUCUUGGACAGGGGACACAACCAGGUGGACACAGCUCUCAUGUACGUGGAUGGGAAGUCAGAGACGGUCAUAGGAGACAUGAACCUUCCUAAAACAGUAAGAAUAGCUACCAAGGCCAACCCCUGGAAUGGGAAGACACUGAAGCCAGAGAGUGUGCGCUCCCAGCUGGAAACCUCCCUUCAGAACCUGCGAACUGAUUGUGUGGACCUUUUCUACCUCCAUGCCCCUGACCACCAAACUCCCAUCCAGGAUACUCUUAAGGCUUGCAAUGACCUGCACAAAGAGGGAAAAUUCAUCGAGUUUGGCCUGUCAAACUAUGCAUCAUGGGAAGUUGCUGAAAUUGUGUGCAUCUGCAGACACAACAAUUGGAUUGCUCCUACUGUUUAUCAGGGGAUGUACAAUGCCACUACAAGACAGGUUGAGACCGAGUUGCUACCAUGUCUGAGAUACUAUGGGAUGAGAUUCUAUGCAUAUAAUCCUCUAGCAGGUGGCCUUCUGACUGGGAAGUAUCAUUACAAAGACAAAGAGGGAUCCCAACCUGAAGGACGAUUCUUUGGUAACAACUGGGCUGCAACAUACAGGGACAGAUACUGGAAGCAAAGUCAUUUCCAGGGCAUAGAUGUGGUUCUGAAGGCCUUAGAGUCGGUGUACGGCUCAGAAAAACCAACCCUGACUUCUGCAGCUAUACGCUGGAUGUACCACCACUCUCAACUCAAGGGUGAUCUGGGAGAUGGAGUCAUCAUUGGCAUGUCAAGCGUGACACAGCUUCAGGAGAACUUGGCAGCUGCAGAGGAGGGUCCUCUGGAUGAGAGAGUGGUGGCCGCCUUCACUGAAGCCUGGAACUUUGUUGCCCACGAGUGUCCCAACUAUUUUCGAUGAGGACCCUCCCCCCAUAAUGAUCAAAUAUUAUUCAAGCUGUUACCGAAAAUAGAUCUGCUAACCCCAUAGUUACAUACUUAUACCCCCAUAGUUGCAUACUUAUAAAUUUACCUGAAAUCACACAUGGAAUUCAUAAUUUUCUUUUCAGUAGGUCAAAUGGAAACUGGUAUGUGUUAAUGUGUAAGAGCAUAUCAU